UAUUACAUAUAUUUAAACUAGACCUAUAAUCUAUCAAGUUGUCCCAAAUUUCAACAAAAAAGUUAGUUAAAUGUCAAAUUCAAAUACCUAUUUUAAGUAACCGCAAAAUUUAAUCGCUAUUUGUGUAAUUGAGCCCUAAUGUAUCCAUAAAAACUAUCGCCUUACCCCCGCCCAUUUUUGCACUGUAUUUCAAGACAAAGUUCUAAAACAUAACUCACUUGAUACCCCGUACCCACUGUGUAUUUUUUUCUAAUGGCACGAUUAACGCGUGAUUGCCCAAUUAUGACAUUCAAAGGAAAAAGAAAAUUAUAAAGAGCAAGGCAAAAAAGAGUAGAAAAGAAGCACUUGAUUAUGCAUGCUAUCUUUUUUUAAGGCUCAUAGUGGUAAUCUUUGCCCUCGAUUCUUCUUGUUACCUUGUUGUUUUUGAUAAAUUUAAGGAAGUGUUGUGAACCCAAUUCAACACCUUACACCAUGAGCAAUAGAACAUGAAUUUUGGCUCCUGCCCUUUCUUUAUGCAAGACGCAAAACAAACUACAUCCAUAUGUCUCCAUAUUUGACAAUAUAUAGAAACAUAUUUGAAUCAAGCAAUACGAUGUAGAAGUCAAGUUGUAGCAUUAAUUAUUUUAGGAUUUGAUUCGUUUUUAUUUUAUUUUUUAUUAAUUAUUUUGAUGAUGUGGAUGCUGACAGGACAGUUGAUUGGACCAAACUAACAGAAUUUUGGAUGGAGAUGGACAUAAUUACCUUUUUGUUAUUAGUUCAAACAUAUAUUACUGAAACGUGCAAAACUAAAGAUUUGUGACCGUUUUGUACAAAGUGAAUAGUUUUGUGACCAUUUUUGAUAACUACCCAAUAAAUGGGCUCUAAUAGUGGGCUACAUAAAAAAGGAACAAAAAAUAAUGGGAGUUACUAAAUCUCGCUCUAAUUUUUUAUAUCGCCCUAACUUUAAAACUAAACUUGCCCUUUUUAUCCUUUAACUUGUUCCGCUAAUUCUCCCUCCCGCCAACAAAAAAAAGUUUUAUUUCAACAAACAAACACCCAACAACAGAAAGGAUUUGAACAAACUUUUCCAGGCGAAAAAAAAAAUCCCCUUUCUCUCUGUCGUGGAGAGUGGGAGAGGAACCGUCGCCGACGUGCGCUUCGCCGUAAUUGGCACUACACCAUCGUAUCCCAGCGGCAUCGGGCUGUGUAACGAUGGGGGUUAUAAAGCCACCAUGGUGGGUGAAGCGUUCUGCAUCGCUAAUUCGACUAUCCUUACUCAAUCGUUUCCAAUUUCGGGGAAAUCUCCUGUUCUUCUAUUCACGAUCUUCAGUCAUGGCUGGUGUGAAUGCAGUGGUCUUUGGGGAUGCUGAUGUCGUUGCUGGCGCGGAACGCAAUGACCUAUCUCUGCUGGGGCGGGUGAUUGGCUCUGCUCCUCCGAUUCGCCAUCUCCAAACAACGAUGGGGCGGUUAUGGGGGUGUCGCGGGGCCAUCUCUGUUCUCCCGGCUGCGGAAGGCCUCUUCCAAUUCGUCUUCCCGUCGGAGAACGAUAUGGAUGCAGUGUUGAAACAAUCGCCUUGGUUCCUACCCAAGUUCUUGGUCAAUCUGGCCCCAUGGGUGGAGGUUACUCCGACGGUUGCCGACCAACACUGGAAAGUCCCCCUCGACCUGCAAUUCUGGAAUAUUCCCCCUCAAUGUUGCACUCGGAGGAUGGCCUCUCUUCUGGGAUUGGCUUUGGGAAAGAGUGAGUCGGCUGCGGUUCAUCGCAUUCCGGGCUCCGGCGAACUCUACCUCCGAGCGAAGGUUUGGCUGGAUGGUCGACUGCCAUUACCGACCUCGGUGCCUGCUGCUCACGAUAAGGGAGGGAUAGGGCCGUUCUCGGCGACUAUCACCUUCAAAAGACUCCCCCAAUUCUACUACCUGUGUGGUAUUUUAGGUAAUGUUGGGCAGCACUGCUCUCGUCGCGAGGAGCUUGCUGGCUCGGUGACCCCCUAUGACAAGCACCUAGUUUCAAUGAAAUUCGGCCCUAAGGUGAAUGAACGAUCACUGGUCACCAGGAAGCAAUACACUUGGAUUCGCCAGGAGGUUGCGGAUGCUUCGGCACAGGGGCGUUCACCUGCUCAAAAGGAGACGGCGCUGCUCAUGGCUCAUCAAGGGCGGAUGGAAUUGGCUGUGGAUGGGAAGGCUGGGCAACUCCUGCCUACCGGGAGCUUACCUGCUCUCGACAUUGUACCUUCCAAGGAGAGGGACAUGAUGGAUCAGCCUGCAACAUCGUCGACUCACUUCUAUUGUCACUCUAGGAAUUAGCCAAGUGAAACCACUUCCUAAAGCAUAGUAUAGCGGGUUUGGGUUUUAAUGUCAACCCGGGUCCUAGAUUUGAUGACUACUCAGUGAAUUCUUGUUAUCUAGCAAUGAAACUUUAAUGCAAGUCUAAACUAACAAACUAACAAAGCAAGUAAACGGUUGUAUUCAGGUUAAGAGAGGUCACCCGGAUAUGGUUCCCCCUAGACUGCAGUUAAGCCGGAUUGUAAUUACCAAGUUCAGUUUCUAUGAAAUACUGCGGAAGGUUCUUAAACAGUCUGAAGUCUUGACUAAAGGUCUUCAGACCCUCUCAAUCUGAGUCUCUAGCGGGCGACUAACCUCCACCGGAGUAAACAGAUUGAGGCCUU